GGAGAUUUUCAGCACAUACGAAAAAUGUUGGGAAAGUUAGAAAAUUAUUUGAUAUUUUUAAUAUCUAUUUGGAAUGUUAAUGCAGUUGGAAUUCUUGUACGUAACCAGUAUUUAGACAUUCCUGCGCUGGCUACUUAUGAUAUUAUCGGAUUAAAAGGAUGUGCUAGACAGUGUAUAAAACGGAAGGGACAGUGCGUGUCCUUUAAUUACCAGAAAGAGCACCUGUUAUGUCAUCUACUGGACACCGAUUCCAAAGCUGUUCCAGACAAACUGAAAACCAAAGAGGGAUAUACCUACAGCGAAAUAGACACGUGGACAGAAGAUUUGGAGAACAUCUGUAAAACUACAACAUGUGCAGUUGCUAAAAUGUGUUUAGAAUUGUCAUCCGGGAAGACAUCCUGUCAGUUUGACCCCACAGGUUGUCCUAAAGGAAAGUUCUUUAAUAGUACAGGCUGUCAACUUUGCCCAACAGGUGAAUACCAACCGGCGAGUGGUCAGUUUAACUGCUCUGUUUGUCCUGUAGGAGAGGGGUCCACGUGGAAAAUGUCAAGUGCGGACAGGACGGUCUGUAAAGGUUGUUGGUAUGGAAUCGGAACAUACACAGAGGGGGAUAAUCCCAACCAGAUCUCGUCACAUACUGUAGCUGAUCGUAAUGAAUGCUUCAGCCUCUGUCACGCAAACCCCAGCUGUCUGGCAGUGAAGUCCACGCAGUCCAAUACCAAGUGUGCAAUCUUCUCCACCAAGACUUGGAAAUAUGGUUACGUCCGUGACUCAGUGGUUCUCCUUGUUCGUGGUCACUGCAGACCUUGAAGUGUUUAUAAACAACAUCAUAAAGGAAGAAAGGAGGAAUUCGUGAACGUUUGCUUUAUUACAUUAUUUAUUUUUAUUUUAGUUAAUGUAGAAAUAAGUGCAUAAUAUUUAAAGAAAUUGUGGCGAAUCCACCCAAAGCAGUCGUAAACGGUAUUUAAGAUUUGAAAUGGACGCAUGAUAACAUUUACAAUGCGUGUUGUGCCCAUAUUGUAUAGAGUAGUAGUAAAAUGUACUCUUAUAGGGGUUUGCUUCUCCCGCAGAAGACCAAUCAGAAAUACAUUGAGCUCUUCUUUUAUGAAACAUUACUUCAACAGGUCCUUUUUGUUGGUAUUUUGGGUUCAAGUAGCAUCCUUUACAAUAGAAUAUCAUUAUGUCUUUUUUGUCUAAUGCGUGUUGAGUUUAUAGUUUGUGAAUUAGUAAUAAAAUGUACUCUUUUA